UCCCCUCUUUAUUCCUCCAUCUCUAAUUUCUCCAAACCAAAACCCUAAUCCCCUCUCCCCAAAAUUUUUCAAUUCUACUCUUGUGAAUUGGGUUGUAAUUUUGUUUUCUAUUUCUCACGGUUUAAAUUAAGCUUCAUAUCCAUAAUUUAUGGCUUUUUCGGUGAUUUUGCGAGCUAACUUGUAGUUUAAUGUGUUAAUUUCUCUGGUUGUUUUGAGGGACUAUUGGUAAUCAAUUUGUGCAUCUGUUCAUCGUUAUAAAUUUUUUUUUUAAAAAUUAAUUGGCGUUAUGUUCAGACUUCAAAGUCAAUGGCUCCUAUUUAUAUAGGUUCUACUACCCUAUUUUGGGUAGUGAUAAUCAACUUUUGGAUUGAAAGGAAUAAAGAAAAAAAGAAGAUUUCUCGGUUAUAAAAAAAGGAGUAAACAAAACAGAAUUACAUAACACUGCAGUAGACAAAAGCCUUAAAUUUGAGUGGAGAAGGGUAGAGGGGCAGGGACAUUAUUCGCCUGGGUUUUGUACCAUGCGCUGGCGCUCGGGGAUUUCUCGGUUUAAAAAAAAGGAAUAAAGAAAAAAAAAGAUUUUUUUUUAUUUAUUUACCUAGAUCAUUAUUCAACAAUAUGUACAAAGUUAUUGUCGUAUGUUACAUAGCGUUGGAUGUAAUUUUUCUUUUAUUUCUUGUGGUUUUAAUUUCUGUUGGUGUUGUUGUGAUUAUUGUUACUUUGUAGUUACUUGAUGUGAGAGCUUGAAAUGUUUGUAUAGAGUUAAUGGUCCAUUAUGACUGAUUUUGUGCCGCAUUUUUUUUUUUUUUUUUUUUUUGCCGUUACUGACACCGGUGUUUGUCUGCUCAUGGCUUACCUCACACUGUGUCCUCACUUUACUCUUAACUAUUGUGUCCCUCUAAGCAUAUCCUGAGCGCGGACACUAGUUUCCACACUUUUUGUUAUCUAUAAUGCUGAAACAGCAUUUAAGUUUGCAAAGAAAGGUCGGUAGUAUAGUGAAGUGCAAUCAGCAAUUCUAAUGUGCUGUUACACUUUUAAAACUCUUUUUAUUUUUUUAUAUGAACAACUGUAUCUCCAUGGAUCACUGCCUUGACUCUAGCUUCUAUCCUGUUCAAUAGACGAGGUAUACGUGGAGAUUUUGACUAAUAUAUACGUGCCCAUCUGUUUUCAUGUGAGGAGCGAUAUACAAGACUCAAUAGUGAGGUUAUUCCUUAUCCUUCUGGAAUGCUGGUUCAUAAGCAUUCUGUUCUCAUACUAGGCCAUGCAUGGUUUGAAGAAAAAGUUACCACUUUGGGGUCUCCACAUGUCCGUUCUUACAGUAACUUCUGAGCUUAUAAUUGAUGUAUUUUGAGCUCCGCAUGGAUCUCUACUCCCAAAUAUCAUAUAUCUUUGGACUUUCUAAUUGACUAGUGCAUAGUGGUUUCACCCUUACAAAUGCAUAUCAUCGUCUACUUUUCACAGAUAGGAAUUACUUUCAUUGGGUAAUCCUAUCACCUUUUUUUUUGACGUGGUGAUGUCCUUUGUACUGGGAAAGUUAUCAUGUGGCUUUCUAUUUUUGAACAAGAGAACCCAUAUCUUUUGCCUUGGGAUUAGUAAUCUCUUCAGGUUCAGAUGAUAUUCAGUAACAUUAUAUCUGAUGAUUCCUACAUGAAGAUCUUAGUUGUGCAUUACAAUGUUUCAAGAGUUGUUCUGGGAAGAUUUUGAUUUUGAGGAGUCCAGUAAAGGGGAGGCCAAAUCAUGAAGAUUGUUUCCUGGUUCAUGAUGGCUUGACUAUCUAUUUGUGCAUGCAUUACAGGAAAGCCUUACAGUCAUCUUGCUGCUGAAACUUCAAAAAAGAACAUCGAGAGUUUUGCAGGGAUAACACCAGUGGCUCUUGCAAGAAAUGGAUCCUGGUCGAUAUGGGCCCCAUCAUGGAUGGGAAAAUAACAGCGCUUUGGAGGGUUAUAGAGGAGUUCAUGAGCCAGAUUUCCGGGCUGGUGGUUCUUAUGAUGACAGGAGGUUUCUAGAUGAUAGAUUUUCGAGGGAUGGUGUUUACUCACGGGGUGCCUAUCACCGUGAUAUACUGGAAGGAGAGCACUACUCUCAUCCGCCACCAGCAGUUGGACACUGGCCUCAAACAAGGAGAAGAAGUUAUGAAGAAGAGUAUCCUGUGGAGAGAGAUUCCAGGAGGCAUGAGAAGCUGCCUGCUAGGUAUUCGGGACGUGAGCGUGACGACUACCCCUAUGAUGAUUAUGACUACAAACAUCGUAUGGCGCACCUGAACAGGGAGGAUAGCCACGAAAGGGACUAUGAGUACAGUAGAUAUAGUUAUGACUCAGACUAUGAAAGAGGCAGUGGGAAAGAUGGUAAUUGGAGACGACGUGAAUCCCGUGAGCGUGGACGUGACAAAGAAUCAAGUCGUGAGAGGGAUCCGAGUCCAUAUAGAAGACAGGAGCAUUCCCGCUCACGUUCUCGUGGUCGUGAUGAUCGCCUGAGAUCAAGAUCUCCUCGAAGUCGAAGUCAUAGUCGCAGUCAUAGAGAGGACAGUUAUGAUGAUGGCCGAUAUGAUAGAAGUGAGAGACGAAGAGAUCGUGAUGAUAAAAGAUACCAUGACAAUUAUUCUGUGGCCCCUUCAGCGACUGUUGUUGUCAAAGGCCUUUCACAGAAAACGACCGAAGAAGAUUUGUAUCAGAUCCUUGCUGAGUGGGGGCCCCUACGCCAUGUUCGUGUGAUCAAAGAACGAAAUUCUGGCAUUUCUCGCGGAUUUGCCUUUAUUGAUUUCCCUUCAGUGGGUGCGGCGCAAGCAAUGAUGGAUAAACUUGGGGUUGAGGGUCUAGUUGUGGAUGGUAGAAAGCUUUUCUUCGAGUACAGUAGCAAGCCAACUGGAGGGCCCGGUGGGCCUGGUAGUCUAGACAGUGCUUCAAGAUCUAACCAUGGUAACCAUCGGAGUAUCACUGUUCCAUCUGAUUGGAUGUGCACCAUCUGUGGAUGUGUGAAUUUUGCACGGCGAACAUCUUGUUUUCAGUGUAAUGAGCCACGGACAGAUGAUGCUCCUCCAGCAGACAUGGCAUCAUCCAACUCUAGCUCUCUGGGGAGGAGAGGCGAAGCAGGUCCCACGCAUGUCUUGGUUGUCCGUGGAUUAGAUGAAAAUGCAGAUGAGGAGAUGCUUCGUUAUGAAUUUUCCAAACAUGCUCCUAUUAAGGAUCUUCGUCUUGUCAGAGACAAGUUCACUCACGUCUCGAGGGGAUUUGCUUUUGUGCACUUCUAUUCGGUGGAGGAAGCUACUAAAGCUCUUGAAGCAACAAAUGGUACAACAUUGGAGAAGAAUGGACAGAUUCUUAGAGUUGCAUAUGCAAAAAGUAUCCUUGGACCAGGAUCAAAUGCUUCUCAGACUAGUAGCCUUGCAGCUGCUGCUAUUGAAGCAGCAACUUUUGCUCAACAGUAUGAUGCUGUUGGAUGGGCACCAAAAGAAUAUAAUCCUGAUGAUAAACUGUCAACUGGUGGACAAGAGCGCAGUGGAGAAGUUGCUGGUCAGAAUUCUGCUCCACAAUCUGGAUUUGUCUGGGAUGAAGCUUCUGGCUAUUAUUAUGAUGCUGCUUCUGGUUUUUAUUAUGAUGGGAAUACAGGUUUGUAUUAUGACGGUAACAAUGGGAUCUGGUAUACUUACGACCAGAAAACUCAGCAAUAUGUACCAUGUACCAAUCACAAUGACACCAAAGCAGCAGAGGGACAAACUGAAACUACCAAAUCAUCUGAUGGCUCAAACACUAAGAAAGUUGUUAUAUCUGCACCAGCUAUUGUAAAAGCUGCCUCACUACCCGACGCUAUCCAGGCUGCUGCCUCUGCAGCAAUAGCUGCUGAAAAGAAAGAGAAGGAGAAGGCAAAAGAGAUAAAACUUGCCUCAAAAAGCAGCAUCCUUGCCAAUAAGAAGAAAAUGAAUAAUGUAUUGUCAAUGUGGAAGCAAAGAAGUCAUGAAGGUCAAGCUCCCCGCGUGGCGCUUGAAGACAACCAGACAGUGGGUGAAGAGAGAUCUAACUCAGUAGGACCUGCAGCAAAAACCAAGUUAAAAGCUGAGCCCUUGACUGCUAGAGAGAAUGCUACAGCCAGUCCAGGACUUGCAGGAAACUCAACUUUUCAAUCUGUGAGUUUUGAGUCUCAGGAUAGGCCUAGGUCUGUGACUAACAGCUCUGGGGGCAUUCUGAAGGGCGUAAUAAGAGGUUCUGGUUUAGGAGUGGUGAAAUCGGAUACCCUGUAUACAGGAUCAUCUGGAAGUUCAUCCACCUCACAUACCAUGCCACCAAGCACAGCUCCCUCAUUAACAAAUCCAGAUGCCUCUGCAGCGCCCUUUAGGACAGAUGCAUCUGCAUUGGGUUCUUAUAUGCCCCCAGUACCCGCUGGAGGUGGUAAAAGAAGGUUCUCAGAGAUGCCAUCGCAGCCUCCAUCUAUUAAGGAGCAGUCUCAAACUACAACUGCAUACCGAGAUCGUGCUGCUGAGCGGAGGAGCUUAUAUGGUUCAUCUUCAGCUUUUGGAGAUGAUGCAUCAGAUCCUGGAGAUUCAAAUCGAGACUCAACAUCUAGAAGAGGUGUUUUUGAUCCAACACCUUUCCCACCUGGUGUUGGAGGUGGACGUAGUGCAGAAGCAAAUAGUCAGAGCUUUGAGGUGAUCUCUGCUGACAGGGCUAUCGACGAGAGUAAUGUGGGCAACCGUAUGCUCCGCAACAUGGGAUGGCAGGAGGGCUUGGGAUUGGGGAAGGAUGGAAGUGGUAUGGUAGAGCCAGUCCAAGCUCAAGCAUCUGAACGUAGAGCAGGACUUGGAAGUCAUCAGCCCAAGAAGGUGGACCCAAACCUUGAAGUACAGGCUGGUGACAGUUACAAGACUCUGAUACAAAAGAAGGCCAUUGCUCGGUUCAGAGAGAUGUCGUAAGAACUUAAGAGGCAAAAAAUGUAGUAGUAGUAUAUAACAACCAUUCCAGGAUGUGGAUUGGAGAUGUUGAUUAGAAAUGUUUCUGAUUUAGGGUUGCAACUCUAGUUAGUUAGUUUAUUGAUUUCUUUGUUAGUUUUUCCUUUUGCUGUUGGAAUUAUUUCAAAAUGUGAAGGAUAAGAUUCUGGUUUUCUGCA